AUGGGUUGGCUUUUGCUCCUUGGAGCUCUCGCGGUGGCGGUUGCACCCGCAUUGUACAUAUACACGGUUCCUUUUGCGACGGCGCACCUCCCGGCUCUUGAGGACAAACGAAUCUGCCUGUUGAUCGCGCACCCUGAUGAUGAAGCCAUGUUCUUUGCGCCGACCGUUCUGGCCCUCACUCGACCGGAGACUGGCAACCAUGUCAAGAUCUUGUGUCUCAGUUCAGGUGACGCCGACGGCCUCGGCGAGACCCGCAAGAAAGAAUUGGUCAAGAGCGGCAUGAAGCUGGGAUUGCGCCAGGAACAAGAUGUCUUCGUAAUUGAAAGCCCGGACUUCCAGGACUCCAUGACCAACGUUUGGGACAAGACGAAGAUCGCAUCCCUUCUUACCCGUGCUUUUGCGCCCCAAAGCGCAAGCCAGCUUGCCGCUGGCAAGAAGCCCACCGCCAACAUCGACGUCCUAAUCACCUUCGACUCGACCGGCAUUUCCUCUCACCCAAACCACAUCUCACUCUACCAUGGUGCCCGCACCUUUAUUUCUGCCCUCUCUGCCAACCCCCGCUGGCCCUCCCCCGUUGACAUGUACACCUUGACCUCGGUCCCAAUGGCGCGCAAGUAUAGCACCUUUUUCGACACGAUACCCACCCUGUUCUCCUGGGCGACCACUCCCGGAAGCAACCCCCCGAAACCGGCAAAGUCUACGAAGCCGAAGAAGGAGCAAGAUGACUCUGGAUCCGACUCUGACUCCGACGGCUCUGACGACGAGGAAAACAAGAAGGAUAACAACUACCACCCGACUGCCCUCGUUUUCAUGAACCAGCUAGGCUCCGAGGGCGGGUAUUCCACCGCUUGGAGCGCAAUGACGACGGCGCACAAGAGCCAGAUGGUGUGGUUCCGGUACGGCUGGAUCACACUUAGCAGGUAUAUGCUCCUCAACGACUUGCGGCUAGAAUCGGUCGAGGGUGGCGAAAAGAGCGUUGACAAGACGCCGUAG